GAAAUAAAAAAAAAAAAAAAAAAAGUCAGUACUCGAUAUUAGUGGGAUAAGGUUAUCUCCAUUAAAGCACCAGUCUCUUUAAUAGUUGAAUGGAUUCGUGAAUACUAAAGUCAACAUUAUUCUCUUCACUGCCGGACCAUUCUUUCUCAUUCGCUUAUCGGAUUUAUUUUCGUGCUAAUGUUUCUUAAAUAGAUACGUAGCCAAGAGAAUAUUCAGUUACCCUCUUUCUGUGUGUGUGUGUGUGUGUGUGUAGCCAAUUAUCGUACAGUGGUUUGAAUGUUAAUGAGAGGACCACAGCACAGGAGGAGUUGAUGAGGCGACCUGCCCUUGUGAGGGUCAGACGAGUCAACACGGGAGUUCAUCCAGCUGCGAUACAAACUCCGUCACCUAUUCAACGGCCGGAAGCACCAGUGUGAGAAGGCAUACAGCCGUAUUGUGGAUGAGCUUGGCCUGAGAAACGUCAUCUCCCCAACCCAGGCCAGGAAGAAAUGGUCCAAUCUGCUUCAAAAAUAUAUGGACAUCAAGGGUGGGUACUCCACGGCAAGCCCUGACUGGCCGUACUUUCAAAUCCUGGACCAGAUUGUUCCUCUCAUGCGCAAGGAGAAGAUAGAGAAGCUGUCCCCAUCUGGCGUUGAAUCCAAAGACCUUGACAGCCACGAAAGUCUGCCGAGCCCCCUCACCUCUGCACCAGACACUGAAGGCCUUGCCAUGCCGGGUGUCCAGGGCAUCGCUGGUGACGAUAAGUGCAAGACAGAAGCGGCCGACACCGGAGAGCCGCCCAGGAAGAGAGGAAGGGGACGGCGGGCAGCCCAGCGUGCCCGGGACCGAUGGUGGGGGGCAGUGGAAGACAGCGACCUGGGCUCUGACUCCGUAGCUUCAGCGGGCCGCACUGAGCUGCCUUCCCAGCUGCCUUGUAAGUCUACUGUGGACGCCCUGGAGGCCUCACAGAUGGAGCUGCAGACCUUCGGCAUGCUGGAGUCCUGUGCCACUGCCCUCACUGAGAUCAGGGACAUCCUGAAGGCACACACUGAGCAGCAGGAACGGUUCAUGCAGACCCUGCAGCAGACAGUCAGCAGCCACAGCAGCACAGUGAAGGAGGUGCUCAACACAGUGUCCUCCCAGAAUGCCACACUCAUCAACCUCCUCACUCACCUCACCAAGAGCGCCCACACACCACUAGGCAUCACUCCAGGCAACAGCUUUGGGGAGGAGAAGCUAAGACGAGACCCAGCCACCCACAGUCACCAGGAGGAAGGGCAGCUGUUGACCUCCCAGCAGAACCUCAUCAGUGCCUUGACACAGCGGCAGCAGGGGUGCGAGAGCCCUCUGGUGGAGGCAACAGAGCUCACCGACUCCAUCACUGGCUUGUAGGGAGCUAAGGGUGGGAAAGAGGGGAGAAUUAGUUUUAGUAUGGUAGGUAAGGAGUGAGAAAGGAAAGAGAACAGAAAAUUUGUUAGGAGAGAGGAAAGUCAGGAAUAUGAAAGAUGUUAGAAGUGAAAAGAGAAUGACGGAGGAAGAAUAGGAGAAAGUGAAAUGUGUGAAUGGUGGAAGUGUGGAAAGGAGAUAAAUAAAAGAGAAAAGGGAGAUGAAGAGUAAAGUAGAGUAUAUGGAAAUGUGUGUCAGAGGUAAGGAAAGGAAAGUAAGAAGUAAAGAAAGGAAGUAAAUAAGAAGAGAGAAAAGGGUUGAAAAAAGGAAAGUGAAAGUUAUGAAAAAAAAGAAAGGAAGAGAGAAUGAUGGAAGAGGAAGGAGUGAAAAAAAAAUUGAGAAAGAAGAGAAAAAGCUGAUAUGAAAAAAAAAAAAAUAAUUUGAACUAUUUUACGAGUAUGUAGAAAGCUUAAUAAAAGAAAAACAGAAAAUGUGAACUUGAAACAGUAUCAUGUUAGUGGCCAUUAUUUCACACUUAAAAAUCCUCCUCUUCUUCCCCCAUUUAUAUUUUGAAAAAGAACAAAGCAGAAAAAUAAUUAAUAAUAAUAAUAAUAAUAAUGAUAAUAAUAAUAAUAAUAAUAAUAAUAAUAAUAAUAAUAAUAAUAAUAAUCUCACUUCAACUUUAUUAUUCUUCAGAUGUAUCAAAAUGCAUAAUCAAACUUCAUCUCAUUCAUUUUUUAAAGUUUUUAAGUAAAAUGUGUAGUACUGUUUUAAGUGUGUGUGUGUGUGUGUGUGUGUGUGUGUGUGUGUGUGUGUGUGUGUGUGUGUGUGUGUGUGUGUGUGUGUGUGUGUGUGUGUGUGUGUGUGUGUGAGAGAGAGAGAGAGAGAGAGAGAGAGAGAGAGAGAGAGAGAGAGAGAGAGAGAGAGAGAGAUGAGUAGAUGGAUGGAUGGAAGAAUGAAUAGAUGAGUGGAUGAAUGGAUGGAUGGAUGAACAAAGGAAUGAAUAGAUGAAUAAAUAAAGGAAUUAAGGAAUGGAUGAAUGCAGUAGAAUGAAUUAUACAUGAAUGAAUGAAUGAUUAAUUUGAUUGAAUGAGUGAAUGAAUGACUAAUUUGACCGAAUGAAUGAAUGAAUGACUAAUUUGAUUGAAUGAAUGAAUGAAUGACUAAUUUGACUGAAUGAAUGAAUGAAUGACUAAUUUGAAUGAAUGAACGUAUGAAUGACUAUAAAUGAAUGACUAUUGCUAUCGAUCAUAAAGUGACUGACAGCUUGUAUCAGUGAAGCAGUCUCACGAUCACCCUGACAAGACCUCAUUAGUGGUAGCCAUGUAAUGCUCCAGCAAUGUACGUACUUAAGGUUUGCUAAAAUAAACGAUGUGAAAUGAUGUGA